CCGUUCGGGUCUGUUCUUCCCUCCGCCCUGCGCCAGCCGCGGAGCCGGAGCCUGUGUGUGGCUUUGCUUGCUACGGUGCGGACGGAGGAAGAUUGGUUCGAGUCGUCGCUCGGGGAGGAAAGUGAAGAAGUUCCGUCCCGGAGCGGCUGCAGGAGCUGGAGCUCCCGGCCGGGGUCACGGGCUGCGCGCACCCGCGCUGGCGCUCGGGCUGACGGACGGACUGACGGCCCCGCAGGCUGACGGCAGCGGGCGAGCCAUGAAGUUGUGGCUCCCGAGUUGUGUCGCAUCCCGUGGCGUUGCAGAGCGGGGUCGAGCGUGGAGCAGCGGCACGGUAUCAGCAUGUGCAGCACUGGAGAUGAACACCGGCUUUAAUAAACCAUGUAAUGGAGGCGGUUCUGGAUCUCUGAAAGGGCUCAGAGGAUCUGCAGUAGGGAGCGUUGUCUGGUGGUGGAUGUGGACUUUAAAACAGUGUGUCUCAACAUCUCAUCCUCAACUAUCAAUUUUUAAUCUGAUUGCACUACAAAAGGAAAGCUGCUAAUGGGAUAAAUGUUGAGACUUUACAAGAACUGACUUGAAGACCGAAAGCCAUUAUUACUAAUCAGGAAGAGCUUGAAGCUAAGUCCGUAUCUGACCAGUCAGCAUCAUUUUCACAUAACAGGCAUGGCAAGUAAAAGGAAAUCAACAACACCGUGCAUGGUCUUAGCCAACGAGCAGGAUCCGGAUCUAGAAAUGGUAUCAGACUUGGAGGAAGGACCACCUGUGCUCACGCCAGCAGAUAACCCGACAGCAGAGAGCGUAACGAGUGAUGAGGAUGCCCAUGAGUGUGUGGAUUCAGACAAUCAGAAAAAUACAAGUAAAGUCGAAGGUGGUUAUGAGUGUAAAUACUGUACUUUUCAGACUCCAGAUCUCAAUAUGUUUACUUUUCAUGUGGAUUCAGAACAUCCCAACGUAGUAUUAAAUUCAUCCUACGUUUGUGUAGAAUGCAAUUUCCUUACCAAAAGAUACGACGCUCUCUCGGAACAUAAUUUAAAGUACCACCCUGGAGAGGAGAAUUUUAAAUUGACCAUGGUGAAACGUAAUAAUCAGACAAUCUUUGAACAAACAGUAAAUGAUCUCACUUUCGAUGGGAGUUUUGUUAGGGAAGAAAACGCGGACCAGGCUGACUCUGCUGAGGUCCCCUCAUCGGGGAUCUCAAUUAGCAAAACUCCUAUUAUGAAAAUGAUGAAAAACAAAACAGAGACUAAACGUAUUGCUGUUUUCCACAAUGUAGCUGAUGACAUUCCUGGUGAAGAAAAGGGAACUGAAAAUGAGCCAAACUCUGAAGAAGUAGUAGAAAACCCACCGCCGGCAGUUUCUGAGUCAAAAGCGAGCCAUUCGGUUGUUGGCAGUGCAGUAGAUGUGGCCAGUGCGGUGGUGACUCCAGCACCAGUGCUUCAGCCUGGGGUGGCACAGGUCAUAACAGCUGUCACAGCUCCACAGAACUCAAACCUGAUUCCAAAAGUCCUAAUACCUGUAAAUAGCAUUCCAGCCUAUAAUACUGCUUUGGAUAACAAUCCUCUUUUGCUUAACACCUACAACAAAUUCCCAUAUCCAACCAUGUCGGAAAUCACUGUUCUUUCCACUCAAGCUAAGUACACAGAGGAACAGAUUAAAAUAUGGUUUUCUGCCCAGCGUCUGAAGCAUGGUGUGAGCUGGACGCCAGAGGAAGUGGAGGAAGCAAGGAGGAAACAAUUUAAUGGCACAGUGCAUACUGUGCCACAGACAAUUACUGUUAUUCCAGCACACAUUUCCACUGCUAGCAAUGGUUUACCUUCAAUUUUACAGACAUGCCAAAUAGUUGGUCAGCCAGGACUAGUUCUCACUCAAGUUGCAGGUGCAAACACGUUACCAGUAACAGCCCCAAUAGCUUUGACUGUAGCGGGAGUCCCAAAUCAAACACAGUUACAGAAGAGUCAGAUUCACACUGCUCAGCCUAUUGCAGAAACCAAACAAGUAGCUGCUGUUCCAGCCCCUCAGCCUAUCAAAAAUGAAUCUGCCCUGAUGAAUCCUGACUCCUUUGGCAUCCGAGCAAAGAAAACUAAGGAGCAGCUGGCAGAACUGAAAGUCAGCUACCUUAAAAAUCAGUUUCCUCAAGAUUCAGAAAUCGUUCGGCUUAUGAAAAUAACGGGCCUGACUAAAGGAGAGAUCAAAAAGUGGUUCAGUGAUACACGCUACAAUCAGAGAAAUUCCAAGAAUAAUCAUGGGAUUCAUCUCAACAGUGAUUCAUGUGCCACCAUUGUUAUUGAUUCGAGCGAUGAAAUGAACGAGUCCCCAACGGGAGCCACUUCACAAAACAAGUCAUCCUGGAGUGCUUUCCCUGAUUUCACCCCACAGAAAUUCAAAGAGAAGACUGCUGAGCAGCUGCAAGUCCUCCAAGCAAGUUUUCUUAAUAACCCCAUCCUUACCGAGGAGGAGAUGAAUAGGUUAAGAGCCCAAACCAAACUCACCAGGCGAGAGAUUGAUGCCUGGUUUAUAGAGAAAAGGAAAUCAAAGGUCUUGAAGGAAGAAGGAGCUGACUUGAAUGAGAGCAAUGCUGGCAGCUCAAAAGAAGAGGCUGGAGAAACAUCUGUGGGAGAUGGACCAGCAGGAGCGAAAUCAGGGUGUUCCACUUCAAGCAAAAUAGGCAAAAAAUCACCAGAGCAAUUGCACAUGCUCAAAAGUUCCUUUGUCCGCACUCAGUGGCCGUCUCCACAGGAAUACAACAAGCUGGCAGAAGAAACUGGACUCCCAAGAUCAGAAAUUGUGAGCUGGUUUGGAGACACUCGCUACGCCUGGAAAAAUGGUGGAUUGAAAUGGUAUUAUUAUUACCAGAGCGCCAAUGCAAACAGUCUGAAUGGCCAAGGCUUUGCAAGGAAGAGAGGGAGAGGAAGGCCAAAAGGGAGGGGGAGAGGCAGGCCUCGGGGGAGGCCUCGGGGAAGCAAGAGGUUAAAUUGCUGGGACAGAGGUGUGUCUGUCAUAAAGUUCAAAACUGGAACAGCAAUCCUGAAGGACUACUACAUGAAGCACAAAUUCCUUAAUGAGCAAGACCUUGAUGAACUGGUAGCCAAAUCUCACAUGGGAUAUGAGCAGGUCAGAGAGUGGUUUGCAGAAAGGCAGAGAAGAUUAGAACUUGGAAUAGAGCUGUUUGAUGAGAAUGAGGAGGAAGAUGAAAUGUUGGAAGAGCAGGAAGAUGAGGAAGAAACCGAUGAUAGUGAUACUUGGGAGCCCCCCCGACAUGUUAAGCGUAAACUUUCAAAGUCAGAUUGAUGUGCAGUUUGGGAUUUGGGGCCAAAAGCCUAUUAAUGGGUUUGAUGUUAUGGUGAAGAGCCAGAUGAUUUCUUCAUGGCCUUCAGUUUAGCAAGCACCUGCUUAGCAUCUUUCUUCCACCUAAAAGAACCUGAGCAAGAUGCAACCUGCAAGAUGCAACCUGCAAGCAGGCAACAACUAUUUGCUUCCUUACUACAAGAGGUGGACAUCCUCAGGCCUAGCCUAGGACAUGGGAUUACAAAUCGGAUCCAGUUCAGCUCCUCCUCUUCCACAUUACUGAUGGGAAGGUUCAUGUUCAUCAUUCACCUGACUGCUUCUCAAUAUUUAAUUGCCUUAUGUUGUUUAAUUCCAAAACCACCACAGACUCAUUUUUUUGUUGCUGUAGGAGAACAUUGCUCACAAAGGAGGAACAUACGAAAACCUAAGAUGGCUUUUUUGCAAACAUCGCUUCACCUGAAAGGUUUCAAGGCCUGGGUUUAUUUCUUAAGGAAAGAGUUCAAAACAAAAGAGAAGGGGAAAAGUGUGACAAAGGAAUCAAUGAACCUAGGGGUGAGGAUGGCUUGGUUUAAGAAAAUGAGCUGCCCAGCGUGGUGAAGGGGAAGCAAUUCUUGAAAGAGUUCAAGAGAACUGGUUAACUGUGAAUGGGCCUAAUCUUUCGUGAAACCAAGAACAUUUUUGGACACACACAGGACUUGAAUACUCAAAAGGAUUGGAACUUUGUGUUGUGCCAAAGUUAAACUACUGCAGUUGGCAGAAGUUCUGCACUGUAAAUAGAAGACUGAUUAAAAGACAGCUUGUAAAAAACACACAAAAAAUCAGAUUUUAAUACAGUACGUUUUUAUUCUGAUACACGAUGGAAACAGUCUGGUUUAGACCUUUUUUGAAGAGGCUUCAGUGACCACUAGAUUUUGUCCUCUUAUAUUUUGUUUGGCCUAAUACUAUAUGUUCUAGUAAGAUGGGCUUUACUGCCUGUGUUCUUUGAUAUGUGAUUAAGCUUAUAGCUUUGAGUGACCAAACAUUUUACAGAGUAAAAGUUCUUAGAAACAGUAUAUAACGUAACUGAUAUUUUCUGUGUCUUAUUUAUCAGGCUCUGCACAAACUUGGGAAGUUGUGCUGGACUUGUACAACUCCUGUAUGGGAACACAGCAUACUUCUGGAUGUUACCCCCGUAAGCCUUGGUGGCACUACGGAUCUUGCCUUUGGAUUUAUUUUUGUUAGUUUUUUGAGGCAAAGAGAUGAUGGAUGCUGCUGUAAGAUAUUUGUAGUAUUUCCAUUAUUGCUUUCUGUAGCAAUUACUGCUUUUGCUUCAACAGAUAAAGAGAAUAAAUCAGAGAGAGGAAAAUCCUGGAAGACGCUGGGAGAAGAAAAGGAUCAUGUGGGAACUGCUGAAAAUAAACUUUGUACCAAAAAUCUGAAAACAGAAGUAAUAGAAUAAAUGUCUCCUUACUGAG